AUGGAGAUGGAAGACCCUUCAGAUCCGAGUCUGUCUCUGCUCUCAUCGUCCAAGAAUCAUGUGUCCAGAGAUGCGACCAACAUCAUACCAUCACCUUCAAACCUGCAAGACCCAGUCAUAAAGUGGCCAGACACCAUAUCUGAUUCAAAAAGCAGAAAGACUUCCACACCCCCUCCAUCAACCCUUGUCUGUCCUGAAGCAGAGGAUGUUGAGUGUCUGACACCUGUGGGCUCAGGGAAGAGAACCAGGGUGUCUGUGAAGAAGUGCCGUGUUCGUAGGAAAGAAUUUAAAACAACCAGUGCACUUAAAACACACCUCUUGAUCCACAGACAGGAUGGGCCUCAGUUCUGUGGCGUCUGUCAGAGAGCAUUUAAACACCAUCAUCAGCUCACUUCUCACCUGAUGACCCACCACAAGAGAAAGAGAUAUACCUGCACUCAGUCUGGCUGCCACAAAACCUACGAUGACAAAAACUCCCUAAAACAUCACUGUGCCUCUCGACACAGAAUCCACCUCAUGUCUCCUUCCUCCUCCAACCUCUCUUCCAACUAUGACCUGCCGGCCUCAGCGAGGGAGCCAGCGGUUAAUCUAACUGCAUCCGACUACCUCUUUACCUCUCAACCAAAGCCUGUUUCAGCUCCUGUGCUAAAGAACUCCAGUUAUUCUGGAAAACCAGUGGUUUCACGGAACCCAUUUGAUGUCCAUGGUUUAGAAACCGGUCUUGAUUUUCCUGAAACUUACCCAGAAGAAUUGAAAGAGAUGCUGUCAUUUCGGCCUAACAGAGAGGCAUUUACCCCCAGCAUGAGUUUUCCUGUGAGGCCGCGAGCUUCAGUUUACUCCAAACAGCAUUGUCCCAUACUGCUGAAACACAGUCCGAGCAAGUUAAAGCGACGGCACACCUUUUCCAGUUUCAAUUAUCCUGCUGUAUUAUACCCUGAACCAAAGAGUGAUUCUGACUGUAAUCUUGCCGAUCCUGUACUUGAUUGUCCUCCUGCAACAUUGCCCAACAGUAGGAAGAGGAAGUCCUGCUCCAAGGACAUCCUGUCUGAUGUUCCAACUCCUCCACUGCCUGUUCCUCAGCCCACUUGUCAUAAACGUGCACGACCACGCUCUUCCUACCUUGUCUCACCAAGUCAAGUGGCACUUGCAUCCUUCAGCACUUACCUCGGCAAAGAGUUUUUACAAAAGGAGCCCGUUUUGAAAUCAAAAGGAGAGGAACCAAAGGCUGGUUGCAGAACAUAUAAAAGAACUUCAUCUGUUCGUAGAGCUCAGUCGCAGCCCUCAUGUUCUCAAGAAGCUGUUGAGGAACAUGAUUUAAAAGAUGAUGGACAGAAGGGGGCUUCAGGACAAAAGUCCAAAGGGACAAACCUGUCUCCAUUUAUCAAUACUGUGUCUGCCCCAGUCUCUGCAACAAACAUUUUAGGCCCCCAAGCUUCCACACAAGAAGCCAAGAGGUCACAGACUCAUAAAGGUGCAUCUAGGAGGUCUUGUCAUCUUGACCCUUUAAACUGCCUCAUCAUCCCCAGUCCACCUCUGGCUCGCCUAUCUUCCCCACAAUGCACCGAUAAUAAGCAAACCCAGGGUUUGCAGAGAAGCUGUGGCAUAGGCAUUUACCCCAGUCAGCUGCGCUCGCCAAACUAUCUGGCAGACCACCCGCUGAGCCCUAGUUUUCAUCCCCCACCAUACACCCCUCAGCCUAUGCUGAGCCCUCUCCGUUCUGGGACAGGCCUUUAUUCUAAAAGCCUACCGCAACAUCAGCCAUGCUCAUCUCUACCCAGCACCUUUGAUGGUGUCUCCUUCCCAAUCGACAACACAGCCAUCAACAUACAGCCAAGGAUAAAUGUAGGUUCACGGUUUCAAGCAGAGAUCCCCCCAGUGCGGGACACGCUGUACAUGCUGUACGAAGAACACCCCGCUCAACUUGUCUGGACUCCUUGGAAAGAUCUCUCUACUAACACAGAAACACAACAGAGGGUCAAAGAGCUCUUAGACAUGUGCUGUUCCAGUUUGUUACCAGGAGGAGGCACCAACAUUGAAUUUGCUCUCCACUGCCUUCAUGAAGUUCAUGGAAACUUAAUGGCAGCACUGGAUUUACUCUUAAUGAGAGGAGAUGUUCGGACCUCCUGGCACCCUCUGAAUGAUUACCACUACACAGGCUCAGACCACUGGGCAGUGCAAGAGAUGAAAGUGUUCAAGAAAGCUCUGGUUGAACAUAAGGACUUUCAACAGAUUCAUAAUGUGUUGCAGACAAAAUCAAUAGCCCAGUGUGUGGAAUAUUACUAUAACAUGAAGAAGCUGAAAAAGUUCAAGCAAUGUGUCCGAGCCACAAAUAAAAAGGAUGAAGGUGGAGAGAUCUCUGUAAGUUUCAUUUCAGUGAAUGGACACAAGAUCGGUUAUUGCAUCUAACUAUAGACAUCUAAACAGAUUAUUUAUUAAAUUGGUCAUGUACUGCUAUUUUCCUAAAAGCAUUCAAGUGCACAAGCCUAAACAGAUAAAUGGGAACACAGGACAGAAGACAACAGCUGCUCAGAGUGAGGUGUGUGCCAGGUUAGAGACACUAUCUAUAUCUAUAUAUACACAACACACUCAGAAAAUAUUUCAUUUUGUAAAAUUAAGCUAAAAAUAAUACAUUUUUGACUAUCCUGUCACUUUUAGUCUCUUCUUCAUAGUAAUAAUGGGUACUUUUAGGACAUGUUAUGAGAUUUUUGUUCUAACCAGCAGCUGUGACAUGAAACAAUCAACAAAUUCAUUACAUAAAUAUUAGCCAUUUUUAAAAAUGACACAUCAAAAUUACUUUUACCUUUAAAUCCAGAGGUGUGAGGGGCUCAGUUUGGAUAGAAACUCCAGAUGGUGGUUGGCAAGCAAGGACACAGGUCAGAGCAGAAGACUAAAGUGAACUGGAUUCUAAUCAUUAUUUCAUAAAAAUCCUUUAUGAAGUGUGUUUUAGACUACAAUAAUCAACUUAUUGUCCAGCGAUUAAUAUGGACCUUGAAAUUAGGCAUAAAUUUUAUCCAAGAUGUUCUCAUCAAAAUAAUAGCCAACUUUAAGAAGUUUUUGUUGUUCAAAUUUUGAGAAGUGCACAAGGAACUAAAGUUAAUAGUAUUUGAUGUUUUUAAAAUGUACCAGACUGGUGAAUUUAACAUGACAGGGUUUCAUAAAAAAGGUUUCUUGGUUUUUAUUUUCGAUGUUUGUUCAACUGUUUGACAAGUUUGAGUUUAGAUUUAUGUCACUACCACUCAUUACAAACCUAUAUAGUUUUACAAUUCUACUGAUUUUCCAUUUAUUAUCUACAAUCCAUUUAACCUGUAAUAAGGUUAUUUAAUUGCAGUUUUACUAUCUUAUGUCAUUAAAACAGCUGAUGAUGUCCAUGUACAACACAAUGUCAAUGCAUAACAUGUUUGCUGUUUUUGAUAUCACUAUAAAGUGUUUGGUUGUCUAAGCAUUCCUUUGUUGUUCUAACAGAACAAAUGUUUUACUAGUAUUGUUAAAUGUUAUACAAAAUAAAUGAGAACUGAAAAACACCAUUUUCCAUUGGUAUUCCCAGACUCCAUAAUAUUUCAUAGAUCACUUUAAUCUGAACAUGCUAUCGAUAGGAUACAUUGUAAAUUUCUACUGUUACAAGUAUGAAAAAGAUAACUAACACCUCAUUUGAAUGUACAUAAUAUCCCCCAUAAAUAUAAAGGAGGAAGUGAUAACGUUGAAAUGCAUGCAUGAGGUUGACAGUGCAUUCCAUGUAAUGCCUACAACACUGUGUAAAGUAACAAUAAUAUUGUAACACUAACAGUAUAUGCUGAAUGAAUCAAUAAUACAAGUUACUUUCUGGCCUGGAAAUUGAUUGACCAAAUUUGAUUUGUGGUGUUCCAUAAGAUCAAAGUUAGCCUGAUAUCUGCACAGCUGUGAUUUUCUAUGACCAAAUCACAGCCGUGCUGAUAUUCAGAACAGCAGCAUGGUUGCUCAUAUUGCGUAAUUGUGUAAUGCAUCAGAGACAAGUUAAGAAUGUAGUAAAACAGAUUUAGACAAAAUUUAGUAAAACAUUAUCUACAUUAGUGACAAGACGAUGACUAAACGAAUCCUCAGACCUCUUAGAGACCAAAGACUAUAUUAAAUGAGUGUCACAAAUUCUUUGUAAAAGGAGUGUGCCAUUUCAAAACCUAUUUACAUAGCAGUAUAACUGUAUUUAUCAUAACCAUUGUUUCUAAAAUAACCAAGUAACUAAAGGAGCUUAUUGUGGGAUGUGACAACUGUUCAAAGGAAACCGUUGAUUAAAAAAAUAAAAAUAAUAAAAAAAUAAAACUGUUAAAGGGAUAGC